AUGCGGGGCGGGGCACCGGCCGGCGAACCGCUGCUUGAACGACCUGAUAAGCGCGACUCACAUCCCACCAUAUCUUUCUCCUCCUCAAACUCCGACUUCUCCUCCAACCCGGUUCCCAGCUCCCGACGGCGUACCCGCACCCCUACCCGUUCAGCCUCUCAGACCGGGCUAGCGCGCUCCUAUUACCCCGGGGCGAAACCCCAAUUCCGCCUUGGCCACUUCUCCGCAGACGAUGCCUGGCCGACCGCACCUUCGUUGACACCGCCCGUAAUGGACGGCCCGAGCUCAACACCCGUACAGCCACAGCAACAACCCAAGCGCCCUCGCGUGGCCGAGGAGAAUCGCAAGCGAGCUGUCCGAGCAUGUGACGGCUGUCGCAGAGUGAAAGAGAAAUGCGAAGGUGGUGUACCAUGUCGCCGAUGCCUUCGCUAUCGUCGGCAGUGCAACUUUACCCAUAUAGAUCCUACUGAAAGGGCCCGGUCGACGUCUGUCUCGUUGCUCGAGCGGGCUGCUCUGCUCAGCCGACAUGAUGUACAAGAGGCAGAGCGGGUGCGCUACAUGGAGUGCAUCUUGUCCUAUUAUAUGCCCAGCAUCACAUUCGAUAUUCAGUCGCUGCGCCAGGCUGCGGAGGAUCUGAAAACCAGACACCGUGAUUCGGAGUCAGAUGCACUUUCGACGAAAGUCGAUGCCAAUGAUGUGGAGGACCUGGCAAUCGAUGAAGAGGAUUUUACAAUCAAAGCUCUUCCAGACAACACGACUCACAUCAUUUACUUAGCCGACUCCUUUCAGGCUACUACUGAAGUCGAACCAUUCGAGGACCGAUGGCGGGCCACUCAACUUCAGUCUGGUUCAUCAUUGAUCUCAGCUUCCAUCACUUGUCUUCCUCCACGCUAUGUGGCGGACUUCCUGGUCCAGAUCUUCUUUAAGUAUGCGCAGACCAAUAAUUUUUACGUGGAGGAGGACUGGCUUCAGGAGAAAGUGAAUAUCUGCUAUACCGACCCAUCCAGUCUAUCUUCUGACGAUGCUGGCGCAGUAUGCGCUAUCCUGAUGGUAUUGGCCGUUGGCACGCAAUUUGCACAUAUGGAGUCAACAACUCCAGUGAAUUGCUUGCCUGCAGCUGCCACGGCCAAUCAAGAUCACCAUUUCUCCGAGGAUGAGGUUGGUCUCACCUUCUAUCAGUUUGCAUCCAAGCUGUUGCCCGACAUUAUCGCCACGGCUUCGGUGCGGAGUGUACAAGCCUGCCUACUAAUCGGGACAUACUUGCUUCCUCUUGACACGUCCGGUCUAUGCUACACCUAUUUUGGUUUGGCUCUCAAAUUGGCUAUUCAAAAUGGGAUGCACAGAAGGUACCAUGGUGAGAGUCUCUCCCCUCGAAUGAUAGAGACACGGAAUCGAGUGUUUUGGACUGCCUACACCAUCGAAAAACGUAUUAGCAUUCUCCACGGCAGGCCGGCAUCCUUGGCAGAUGUGGAUGUUGACGCGCCACUUCCUGUGGAUUUUCCUGGUAUAAUGCCGGCAACACAGCAGUCAAACCAUACAAAUAUGAUCGCCCUUAUUACUCUGACGCUGAAGCUGGGAGAGGUCUCGAAUGAGAUCACGUCGCUGCGGACGUGUCGAAAGGGACACCAACAAGACUGUCUGGAACGGUUACUCAACAUCCGAAAGCACUUGGUGGAAUGGUGGUCAACCCUCCCAGAAGAGAUGAAUUGCCGGGACCUCAAUCCAGGAGGGCCGCUUUUCCGGUCUAAUGUCCACCUUAAACUUGACUACUGUCUUACGCGGAUCUUCAUUGGACGUCCGUUCCUCUUCAGUAAUAUCAAGGGCUUGCAUCAAACACCCUCCCACGCUUCAGCAUUCAAGGGUCCAUCUGGUAUGGCAAAGAUUCGGGCCACCCUUGUCACGGACUGUGUCGAAGCAGCUCUUGAAAUCAUCGACCUUUGUCGCCUCCUUCGGGACGAAACUGGUCUUGCGCGCGCCUCGUUCACUGAGUUCAGUUCGUGCCGUGCGGCGCUCCUAGUCAUUCUAGCGCAAGGCUUGACCAAGCGUACUGAACGCCUCGGUGCGGCUCUCGAGCAAGGUAUUUCCCUAAUCAAGAUCAUGUCAAUGGGUGUUGGCUCCGCACGCUCGGCUGUGAGUGUCAUUGAGGCCCUCGAGCGUGCCAUUAGACGUCUCGAACUCUGGAGCGAGACCCAGCAAUCCCAAAGCAACGGUGGCAGCAUGGAAUCUGCCUACGACCGCUUCAAGAACUGGGAGAUGCUAUGGAAAACCGGACCUGUGUCACCUUCAGCUAUUGCAUGGAAGCAGGAGGCAUAUACCAACGACCCUGCUAUUCAGCAACCCAUGAACUCUCACCCGGCUGGCCCGUCUGCAGCAGGACCAGUCAUUCCGGGCGUGCCCAUCGACCCUCCCGUCAUGCCGAAUAGUGCAAAUGACCCCGAAUCUCCUCUCGGUAGCCCUCAUCAUGAGCUCAUUGAAAAUGGUUUUACUGGCAGUGGUCUGUCUGGCGCGGACAACUACUCCAUCUCUCAGCAGUCCCUGUCACAGCUACCUCAUCUCGAACUUGACCAUUUCGUCUCGAACUUCCCGCAGGAGUUGGGCGAGUUUACGGCCAUUCCAUGCUUUGAGCCGGAUACCCACGCCAAUUCAUCUGGGCUGCCCGUUGGUAGAGACUUGAAGACUCCUGGCAGUACAGAUUCACAUUGGUUACAGUUCAUGAACGAAUGA